CUUACGAGGGAAGUUGACUCUUAGGAGAUGGAGGUAGAUCGGUUCUCCAAAAGUGUAUACAGGCUAUGAUGUACCCAUACAAAGGCAAGGUCAUUUUCAUGGCCAGGUCGACGACGACGACGGGCCUAUGAUGUCGUCGCUCCGUGAGUCGUACGCACAAUCGACGACACAACUAUGAUGUCGCCCCGUGAGUGAACGAACCCCUUGUAGUCGAACUCCGUGAUUUCGACGCGUCGACUGCGGACUCCCUGAAUCGUCUUUCUUGACCACCAGACGCAGCUUGCAUCGUACGCAAACAUCAAUCUUUCUCUGCAUUGACGCAACUUUCCCCACCCCAACCACUUUUGAUCGAACAGAUCGAAGUCUAAGCAAUGGACAUUGACCUCCUUUCGCACCACAGAUCUGUCCUGAAGCGCGAAGCUAUGCUUCGUAAGAUCAGACAGAUGGGUGUUCCACGUAGAAUCACUCACACGCGCGAGACUCUGAUGAGAGAGUUCAUCCAUCGUCCUAUGCCAUUUCGCCCAGUGGCCGGAUCCGCUGCUCGUCCAGUGCCCGCCGACGCUUAUACGCCAUCGUAUCUCCCUCUCGCUCACCUAAUCAAGAUCUCACUCAAGGACCUUCAGUGUGAGACUCGUCAUCACGGACGCUUCUUGCUGCUUCGUGUGUUCUGCCAGCCCUUCCGCAAGUUGGCCAUCACAGCAGCCGUCGAGGAUGAGACUGAGGACGUCGACAAGAUGUCCCUCUACCACGCCAAGGAUUCCCUUCGUGCGUUCGAGAUUCUGCCUGAAGGCAGCGUGAUAACCAUCAAGGAGCCCUUCUACAAGAUGGAGGACAACGGCGCGUACACCAUCCGUGUGGACCAUCCCUCCGAUAUGGGUUUCCUGGAUCCGCACAACGAGAUGUACCCAGAAGAGUGGAAAGACCCUGAGGACUUUCAAAUGACGGCUCUGGAGUGGAAGCUGGAAGGAAACCAAGCUUUCGCUAGAGAAGAGUACCUGGAAGCACACCGUUGUUACACUCGCGGACUGGCUCGCGCAGACUCACAUGAACUUGACCUGAAGCAUGAUUUGUUGCGCAACAGAUCCUCAGCCAACCUUCGCCUCUCACACUAUGAUCAGGCCAUUAGCGACGCUUUCUUCUCUCUGACGAGCGAUCAGGAUGAUCCAGAGUUCAGGAGGAAGAACUCCGAAGCUCACUGUCUGCGUGGUCGCGCCAACUACAACCUUGGACACUACACCAAUGCUCUCAAAUCGUUCAAGGAGAUGCUUCAGCUCUCUCCAUCGGACGCAAACGGCAAGAAGGGGCUAGCACGUACCGAAGCGCGCCUUGUAGAGGAGCAUGAAGGACUGUAUGACUUCGCAGAGGUCGUCGAUGAAGUCAUCAAGAACGGAUACUCUGCCGAUCGCGCCAGUUUCAUCUCCAACACUCAGAUGCGUCAGACUGAGGACCGUGGCCAGGGCCUUUUCGCCACCAAGGAGAUCCGCUUGGGCGAGUUGAUCAUGUGCGAGAAAGCCUUCAUGACUGCACACCCUAGCGACGACAAGCCAAAGUCGCCAAUGUCAGGUUGGCUGAGUAGCGUCCAGAAGGUUAUCGACAACCCAUCCCAGAGCAGCAACAUGCUCGGUCUUUACUCUGGUAGAGUAAGAUCAUCGACCACUUCUGUGCCUAUCAUCGACGGCCUUCCUGUGGUUGACACCUACGAGUUCUUGAAGAUACUUGAUCUGAACGGUUUCAGUUAUGAAGUCGGCCAGGAAACAAAGCCGUACGGCACCACAGCACACAUGUCGCCCACCAGUCCUAAGUCGACCGGUCUGUGGACACACGUCAGCAACGCCAACCAUUCAUGCCUCGCCAAUGCAACAAGAAGUUUCAUCGGCGACAUGAUCAUCCUCAGAGCCGCGAGAGACAUUGCCCGCGACGAGGAAAUCACAAUCGCGUACCUCAACCCACAGCACCUUCUGGCAAAGCGUCAAAGAGCUUUCGCUGGCGCUUGGAGCUUCGUUUGCACUUGCCCUCUUUGCGAUUGGGAGAGACGCACGACUGUCCACGCGCAGGAGUUGGCUGAGAACAUCGAGACUGGCCUCGCCUUCAUGGGAGACAAACUCCACGACACCACUCUUCCCGAUGACUCAAGCAUCUUAAUACUAGCUGAACUUUUGGCAGAGGACCUCGAAGACUCUUAUGCUGACCACCUGUUGCGUCGCUUGCCGUGCUUGGGCAUGGCGCAUGUUUGGCAAUGGCUCUCGCGGAUAUAUCUUCUUCAAAACAACAGAGCUGCGCUCGGAAACAGCUCUUACAAGGUCCUCUUGAGUUACGGCUACUGGGUCAAAGUACAAGAUUCGAUCGUGAGAGUGGAGCUCGGUUAUGGGAUUCCUGCAGUUGGUGUGGUCGACGCUUUCAUGUGUCUCGCUCAUUUGGCUGGAGAAGACGACGUCGAGCUCAGUUCAGAGUUCAAGGCUUGGGCCAGAAUGAUCUACAAGAUCGUCAACGGAACCCCUCUUGGUUUCGAACUGAAGUACGGAGACUAA